CGAGGCAGCAGUGGAGCAAAUGAGUAUAAAUACCAGCACCUUUUCCCUCAGUCAACCAUCACAAAGGAGCUGACAAGAGUCAACGAGAGAGUCAAAGGAUCUGACCACCUUAAACCACUCAAACCUCCUGAAGAUGAAGGCGUUCAGUUAGUUGCAGUGGCCGUUGCACUCAUCUGUAUUUGCAUUCAGCAGAGCUCUGCCACAUUUGCUGAGAUACGAGAACUGCAAGAGCUACAAGAGGCUGUGAACAAUGACAGUCCAGCUGCUGAACAUCAGGAGGUAUCAGCUGACUCAUGGCUGAUGCCGUACCACAGACAGAAGCGUGGCAUCAAAUGUCGCUUUUGCUGCGGCUGCUGCAAUUCUGGUGUCUGUGGAUUGUGCUGCAGAUUCUGAGAAUAUCUACCUGUGAUUCUCACAUUAACCACUAAAUAUAGACGGUUAUACCUGAAAUGAUUUGACUGCUUAGCAUUUGUUAAAGUCUGACAGUGUUUCUUCAUCUGGUGAUCCUGCUGUAACAGUGAACAGUGCAGCAUUUGGAACUACAGUAUGUUAUUAUAUUAAACUUCAGUGGCACUAUACUACAA